AUGUUGCGCUGCAGCAUGCGAGCUGCAGGCCAGUCCUCUGCUCUGUGCCAGAGUGGAGGGUUCAAGCAUCGACGCCAGCAGAGCUCCAUGUCUGACUCAGACCUUAUGAAGAGUGGGGGACCAGGCAGCAGGGGUCCCGAUUGCCGCUCGCCUCCAACUCCCAGGAUGGAGCUGCUCAGCCCCUCCAAGGUGAAGGACCGCUCUCAGAACGUCACAGAGAAGGUCACGCAGGUACUUUCUUUGGAGUCCGAUGUACUGCCUGAAUACAAACUCCAGGUGCCAGUGACAGCAUGGUGGAUCUUGCUUCACUACAGCCCCUUUAAGGCGUUUUGGGAUUGGAUCAUUCUCCUCCUGGUCCUCUACACAGCUGUUUUCACUCCUUACUCAGCUGCCUUCCUCUUGGAUGAACAUGGGGAUUUACGUCAUAGGAGUUGUGGCUACACAUGUAACCCUCUGAAUGUGGCGGACCUUAUGGUGGACGUGCUGUUUAUUGUGGAUAUAGUCAUCAACCUUCGCACAACAUACGUGGACCAGAAUGACGAGGUGGUCACACAGCCGAGCCGGAUAGCCAAGCACUAUAUCAAAGGCUGGUUCUCUAUUGAUUUGUUUGCAGCGAUCCCUUUUGACCUUCUCAUAUUCAGAUCUGGCUCUGAUGAGAUGGCAACCUUAACAAGCCUGCUGAAAACAGCUCGGCUGCUGCGAUUGGUCCGUGUGGCAAGAAAACUGGACCGAUAUUCUGAAUAUGGGGCUGCUGUCCUCUUCUUACUCAUGUGCACCUUUGUACUCAUUGCCCAUUGGCUAGCCUGCAUUUGGUAUGCCAUUGGCUUUGUGGAGAGGCCAUACACAGAGACCGGUUGGCUGGACAACCUGGCUGAACAACUGGGCAAGGCAUACAACGACAGCGACUCCUCCUCUGGCCCAUCGGUCAAAGACAAGUAUGUGACUGCUCUUUACUUUACCUUGAGCAGCUUGACGAGUGUGGGCUUCGGUAAUGUUUCUCCAAACACCAACUCUGAGAAGAUCUUCUCCAUCUGCGUCAUGGUCAUUGGCUCUCUCAUGUAUGCCAGCAUAUUUGGGAAUGUGUCUGCCAUUAUCCAGCGGCUGUACUCAGGUACAACCCGCUACCACACCCAGAUGCUGCGAGUCAAAGAGUUCAUCCGAUUCCACCAAAUCCCCGGUGGCCUGCGCCAAAGGCUGGAGGAGUACUUUCAGCAUGCCUGGUCAUACACAAAUGGCAUUGACAUGAAUGCUGUGUUGAAGGGGUUUCCAGAGUCUUUGCAGGCUGACAUCUGUUUGCACUUGAACAGAUCUCUGCUACAGAACUGUAAGGCUUUCCGUGGAGGCAGUCAAGCCUGUCUGCGUGCCUUGGCUAUGAGGUUCAAGACAGUCCACGCUCCUCCAGGAGAUACUCUUAUCCACUACGGUGACAUCCUGGACUCUCUCUUCUUCAUCUCUCGUGGUUCGAUCCAGGUCAUAAGGGAUGAUGUUGUGGUAGCAAUAUUAGAAAGGAAUGACACAUUUGGUGAGACUAUCCACCUGUAUGAUGAGCCAGGGAAGUCCAAUUCUGAUGUGCACACCAUCACCUACUGUGACCUGCACCGCAUCCUGAGGGAUGACCUGCUGGAGGUCCUGGAUAUCUACCCCAGCUUUGCAGACAACUUCUGGAGGAACCUGGAGAUAACUUUUGACCUGAGAGAUGCUGAUCAAGUGCCACCAAUAAUAACAACUGAUGAUUCUGGUGACGACUGUGGAUAUCACCACAAGCCAAGACACAGAAUCCAUUCCCUGGACUGCCGAAUUAGGCCAGAUGGAAUCGAUCAUGAAGACUCGUACCCCCUUCAGUCCUUCCAUCAUCGUCACUCACCUCCCCAGGCCCACUGGGAUGACCACUGUAGCUGUGGAUCCCCAUGCUCCCAGUCCAGUGAGGAGCUGGCUAAGUCUCUUGCCCAUGGUGCCAAAGUAGAGCUUUAUCCUCCAGAGGAUGCCACGCAUGACUACUCCUCCUCUGUAGUGCAGCUGCUACCCCCAAGUGGCACGUCAGUGGGGAGGGAAGCAGUGUUGGACAGGGGCCGCCAAGCUUCAUCUUUGAAUGUGCCAGCAGUGUAUGGGUACUGGCCAGACCGACAGUCACAACAGUUUUCCAGUCGCGCAUGGCGAUCUUCUUCUGUCCGCAACUCAUACCACCCGCCACCAUUCACAGAAGAAAGGCCCAGUGAGCUGGAGUCUCGACUUGAGGUUUUACAUUCACAGCUCAACAGACUGGAGACUCGUAUGACAGCCGACAUCAACGUUAUUCUCCAGCUUCUCCAGAGGCAGAUCGCUCCUGUACCUCCCGCUUACAGCACUGUAUCAUCUAGUACCCUCCCUUCUGACUCACCUGGCCUGUAUGGGACUGGGACACCAGUGCUGCACAGCAUGUACCCCAUUUCUCCCCUACAGAUGGACAGCAGAGCACCCACACAGAACUUGACCCAGACUCACCUUAAAUUCACCAAGAAGUCCCAGGAAUCACUGUCCAGCGGUAUCCAUGUGACUGUAGCGUCAGAUGACACCAUGUUCAUGGCCGUCACCCCUGAAACUGAGACCCAUACAGGGUUAACCCCGCAGCUGCCCCAGCCAUCAGUUAAAUCCUCCCUCACGGAGAACUCCAGGCUGUGCGGCAGCCUCCGCUACCCCUCGCUGCCGGGGAACCUGGACAUCACCUCAGGACUGGCUGAGAUCCAGAAACACCUGUCAGACCCUGUGCUGCCUGUCAUCUGAGGACCUUCAGUAAAAGUUUUCGUGGCAACCAGUGUGACUUUGAAAGACAGUAGUAACACGUCCUGUGGAAGGAGCCAUAGGACUAGUCCAAGAAUCAAUUAUCAUUACACAUUUGGACAACAAGUAGUGUCUCAAAAUCAGAUAGUGGUGGCCUGCAAGGGUUUCCGUCACAAACAGUCUUGACACAGAUUUAGAUGCUCUUUCAGUGACAAUUGCAACACAAUUAUUAUACAUUCUAGAGGAAAAUUGCUAAUUUACAGUAUGUGCAUGAUGAAGCGGGCACAGGAGUUCUUCUUUACAUCAGUAAUCAUGUUUUACAUCUUCUUGUUUCAUCCCAGUUUGGUUUUGUGAGCACUAGUUCUGUUCCAUCCCUAAUCUGUCGUACUCCUGGUCCUGUUUAAAUCCUCAGUAAUUAUUUCCCUUGCUGAUCAGUGCAGAGCUCCUACCCACAGACUACAGCCUGACUGAUACUUUAUUUUUGAGUCCAUCGGCAAUAUUGUUAUUUGAAAGUAAAUUUUGGGUAAUGCGUUUAUUUACUUUCGUGCCAAAAGUUAGAUGAAAAGAUCAAUACCCUUCCCAGCACUGUCCAAUAAAUAUGAAGCUACAGCAACCAGGGAAACAGCUUUCUAAAUUACCACAAACAUAUCUCUGGUAUUUCUGUACUACAAUACCUGGUUAAUUACUUGCCAACAUACAGUUUGUGCCACUUCACUGGACCUCCCUCACCUGUAUCAAUCUGGCUCCAAUUUCUGAAAAUGAGUCCAUGAACAAUUUCAUUUCAAGUUCAGCAAACAAUUACACAUCAUAGCCACACACUGAAACUGUUGCAGCAAAUGGGACUCCUGUUCACUCCCAGGGCUUGUGUCUUCCGUCCAAUCCCGAUUCCAACAUCCCAACAGGACUGGCAACAUUCACGAAUCUAUGUCAAUUUCUUGACUGUUUGACCAACUAUUCUCUCUAUACUAUACAGAUCUUGGAGGAUAUAUUCAGACAGUGUUUUACAGCAACUGGAAGAAUACAGUUUUUCAAACUCAUCAUCAUUUCUAACUAAACCUCUAGUAUAAAUUCUUAUCAGUGUUAAUGAGUCACCUCACUAUGAAAUAACGUAAACUGUUGUCUUAAUAUAAAAUUUCUGUACAG